CCGGAGGAGGAUGGAGACAUGCUGAUGGAGCCGAACGACUUUACCCCGAUCACGGUGCUGCGCUCCCAGGAGCAGCACUUCCACAUGCCGCCCACCACCCAGCUGCAGCCCAGGCAGUUCCAGGCGCCCAUCCAGCAGGAGCAGGAGCCGGAGCAGGAGCAGUUCCGACCCAUCGCCAAUCCGAACACCAAGCUGCUGGCCCGCUCCGAUGUGGGCGCCGAUUCGCACAGCCAGGCGGCCCAAAACUUCUAUCCGCCGUUCUACCACGAGGCACCGCCGCUGGGUCACUCGCGGCCCUACUUUGGAGUGGGACACGGCCAUGGACACGGACACGGAACCGUCUCGGAGAGCACACCCCUGUCGCUGCCACUGCCACUACUGGCGCCUGGACAGCACACCCAGCAGCAGCAGCAGCAGCAGGUGCAACAGCGCAACUUCGAUGCCAGCAUCCUGGGGAGCGGGGACUUUGGCGUGCUGAGGGGCGGCACCUUCUAUCCGGAGGAGGAGAUGCCCUACCAUCCGGAAGACAACAGCGACUACAUCUACGGGGACGCCAACAACGGACACGGCCGGCCCAGCGAGGGCUUCGUCCAGAAGUACACCUACCCCGAGGAGCAGUUCGCCAACUUCCGGGACUUUGCCGACAUCAACACACCGGCGGACUCGGCCUUCUCCCAGUUCGUGGUGGUGUAUGCGGCCAAGAAUGCCACCGCACCCAGCACGCAUCCACAUCCGAAGAACAUUUUUGAGCAGCUGGAGCUGCUCGACCGCGAAAAGGCACUCGAGGAGGCGGCCCUCAAGCGGCUGUCGCCUGGACAAUUCGCUGGCAAGGCCAAGGUCAGCUCCAAGUCCAAGACCAAGCUGGCCAAGACGAAGCUGCAGAAGAAUUACCGCAAGAAGGCGAGUCCCAAGGCGGAUCCCCUCGACCUGGAGCCGCUGCUGGCCCUCAGCUAAGUGCCUGCGCCCCGCCCCUCCCGGUGCCAGCAGGCGAAUCAUUUCCAUUUCUCUCCACUGUUAGAUUUAUUUAUUUUAUUUCCAGAAAAAAUGCAAA